AUGAUGAAGGCAAAUAGUAAAGCAAGCAAUUCCAACGCUUCAACAAAACUGAUCAAAAGAAUAAUAACAUCUCCUCAAGUUUAUAGACCUGUUGGACCAUACAGUCAAGCAGUGUUAGCCGAUAGAACACUAUACGUGUCAGGCGUGUUGGGACUGGACCAAUCAUCGAAUAUGAUAUGUGGAGUAGAGGGCCAAGCAAGAUGUGCGCUUAACAAUCUUAAACUAAUCUUAGAAGCGGGUGACUCUUCUCUAAGAGCGGUCGUUAAAACGACGAUCUUGCUAGCCUGCAUUGAGGACUUACAAGUAGUCAAUCCAAUCUACGCAGAAUUUUUCCCGCAAGAACAUCCAGCGCGUGCAGCCUAUCAAGUAGCUAGACUGCCUCUUAAUGCUUGCAUCGAGAUUGAGGCUGUCGCUUUGAGUGGAGAAGUAGAAAUAUCCGAUGGAACUUCAUGCCCCUGCGCUCGUCAACCAUACUGCUAA